GAUCAAACAUUUGACUGUGGAAUGAUGGUAUUAUAAAAAUAUCUACAAAACAGCAACUAAGCUUCAUUCAGCAGGUGACAAUGAAGUCUAUCAUUUCAAUUACGAUCACGGUGCUCGCUAUAAUUUGCGAGGGACAGGCCACAAACUACUGUGACCCAUCACUGUGCGCCAGGGGAACUCCCCAUAUAGCUUGCAAUGGACUGUCAACGCUAAGCAGAACAUGCGGUGCUGGAUCCUUCGAGGUAGCUUUGAACAGAGCCGAUCAACAGCUGAUCGUCGACUUGCACAACAAACUGCGUAGCAAAGUUGCCAUGGGACAGCAGAAGAACAGCGCAGGGCAGCGUUUCCAACAGGCUUGCAGGAUGGCCACUUUGCAAUGGGAUCCUGAGCUAGCUCAUAUCGCUGCCACCAAUGCCAGACGUUGCGUGUAUGGUCAUGACAGGUGUCGCAAUACGGCUAGCAUGAAAUUCGCUGGCCAGAAUAUUGCCAUCAAGUACUACUACGGGAUGACGUUUACUAAUGAGCAGCUUUUGACUGGCUUCAUCAACAGUUGGUUCAGCGAGUUUAAGGACGCCACUCCCCAGCAAAUUGCAAGAUAUCCGGCCAACUACAGAGGACCUGCCAUUGGACACUUCACGCAGAUUGUAUCGGAUCGUACCAGCAGAAUAGGCUGCUCGAUGGUUAGCUAUAACAAGAAUGGGUUCAUCAACAAGCUGUUUGUGUGCAACUAUGGAGUUACGAACAUCAUCAAUCAACCGGUUUAUGUUGCUGGAAAUGUUUGCUCCGGGUGCAUCACUGGCUGUAAUAGGGUAUUUCCAGGAUUGUGCAAUACGGCUGAGCGAGUGAGCAACAAUCCUUGAACAAGCUACAUGGCACGUGAUUCACGAAGAAUAUGUCACGUAACAAAUGCAGCCCGUAAAACAGGUGAAACAAAUUUUGUUCGUAACAGCCCUAAAUUUUGAAACUCUAGAAUAAAGAUUUUUGAAGCAUC